CGACUGAUAAUUCCCCCAUCACUUGUGAAGCUGUGAGCAGAACAUCGCGGUGUGGUAGGGUGAUCCCGUCUGCAGCCAUGGACACAUACCAACAGUAUCCGUCCCAAAUGUUGAUGAAUUGGGGGGUCUAUUUGACCGACCAAGGAGCCAUGCAAGGGGGACAGGGCGUGUACUCGGAUCCUUGGUCCAGCCCCGUUUCGACAGUUAACACGGUGAAUACAGUAACAUCUCUUCUGAAAAAUGGCCAGACUAUCUUCAACCAGGAUUGGAAUACGGUCCCCAUCAACAGCUACGGCACACACCCCUAUACAACGGCCUUGCCUCCAGCUGGAUAUGACAAUAUUAGCGAGUUAACGGAUCAGUUCUGUGAGUUGUCACUAUCUGUUAACAAAAAGAGCAACAAGCGUCCACCUAGUACCUACCUCUGCCAUCUAUGCUUCACCAAAGGUCACUUCAUCCGAGACUGCCCUCAGGCCAGACCCAAGGGGGAGGGGCUGACACCCUACCAAGGCAAGAAGAGAUGUUUUGGGGAGUACAAGUGUCCAAAGUGCAAGAGGAAGUGGAUGAGUGGCAACAGCUGGGCCAACACCUCACAGUCCUGUAUCAAGUGUAACAUCAUGGUCUACCCCCACAAACAGAGACCCCUAGACAUGCCUGACGGAUUGGAUGUUUCCGACCAAAGCAAGGUCCACCCUCAACAUCUCUGUGAGAAAUGCAAGAGCCUGGGGUUCUACUGUAGGAGAACUACAUAAAUGCUACCUUUUUCGAUCUCCUUACAAAUUCCUUGUUUGUAUAAAUGCACUAUGAAACAUGAUUUGUAUCUGUUAAAUGUGCAUUGUAAGUAACUAUACCCUUCAAAACUGAUAGACAUUGAAAGUUUUUCCACCUGUGUAAAAAGAGGGGUUUAUUGAGUGAUUGAGAUUUAAUUUAAAAAAUUAAAUAAAAAUUAGUAAAAUUUUACAAUCAUAUAAAUGAGAGGAACUCAUGAGAAAGUACUUUUAGAAAAAUAUUAUUUUUAUUUACUUUUUAAAUUUUUCUUUUUUUUAUUAAUUUUGAUGCAGUUGUAUUUAAUGAAAUUUUUUUUGGCAUCAAGACAUUUGAUUUUCAAAAAAAAAUGCUUGAGUCCAUGAGGAAUUUUUGUUUCAUGAGGAUUUUAAUUACAUUGGAAAUCCUGAUUUUAAUCACGUUUGAAAUUUUUUUAAUGUAAGUAAAAAAUCUCGCAAACAUUUAUUUUGCCUUUUCUAAAGUAGGAUUUUCAACCCUUAUAUUUGUGAUUUUUAAUUUUGAUAGACAUAUUAAAUUUUGUACCUUAAAGUCAAUUUUAAGUUGACAUUCUUUGUAUAUGAAGUUGUUAAGAGGACAGAUCCAGGAUUUUCACACAUUCCUGAUGCAUUGUACCGAUAUCUGAUAGACAUAUACAUGUAAAACAUUUAACCAAAGUAUUAUGUGUCGGGAAAUAAAUAAUUAUGAUCCAUUUAUAAAGGAGGAGCUUCCAAAGGCAGCUGGAGAUUGGUUUAGAACAGUUCAUGGAGACUCCAUCUUUGUUGUUAAAAACACAUAUUCGCUGUCUUCGACAUUUAUAAAAUACUGAUCAUUGGAUGAAAUGUGGAUAUUGAUUGUAAAUUUACAAUUAUGUAUGUAAAUUUUUGGAUUGCUUGAUUCAGUUCAUGUUCAAUAAUGUGAUAUGUGAUUUCGAGAAUAGAAUAUGUAAAUUUGGGAUCAUAUCGUGGUAUAUUUCAACAAUACAUGUUACCAAAGAUAAGAUUUAAUUUGUAUAUGGUAGAAGAUCUACACCAGAACUAUUUGUAUAUAUUUGCUGUGGAUUUUGUUUUUUCUUUCUUUUUUGAGGUUUCAUAUACUUAAACAUUUCCAUUGUUGUGGUCUUUUUUGUGUACUGUGUAUGAUGCAGAUAUUUUAUAUAUUAUUUAUGGUUUUUGAUUUUGUUAUGCGUAGUUUUUUUUCUCUCAUAUGUCAUUGAUAAUCCGUGUAGUUUUCAGUGUCUCUGUAAAAGGUGAAGCAAGUUAUUGUGAUCCUGAAAAAAGUGUCCUUAUGUGCCAAACAAGAUGUACAUUUUCAUUAUCAAAUCUGCAUGCUAUUGUGUUGUGAUUCAUAAACAUUAAAAGGUGUACAAGAAUUAA